AUGAGUUUCGCUCAGAGUCAAUUGGCUGAGGUGAGGUUUUUAAAAGUUUUUUUUGAUUAUUAUUUCAAAUUAUCAUUAAAAAUAAACUAUUUCAUGAAAUUCCUGAUGAAAUUUCAGUUCAGGGCUACUAAAAAAACAAAAUAGGAAAAAAACAGCCGCGAAAAAAAUCAAAAAAAUUGCAAACUUGUGCGCUCCAUGGCCAAUUUUUUUAAAAUUAAUUUUUUUCGCUAAAAAUAAUGACCAAGGACCAGAGAUUAAAAAAAAGAGAUCAAAGUACACUUUUUUUGAACUUUUUUUAUCCAUGGAGCGAACAUGUUUUAUCCAUGGAGCGGAAAAAAAGCCUAGCGAUCUUUUUCUGCGGCUCAUAUUUCUUUUUCUCUCAUUUCCUAGUAAAUACUUCCCAUUCGAUUCUGAAAAAAUUAUUUAAAUCACCAAAUUUUAAAAGUUAUCAUUGGAGCGCGAAAGCUUUUUGAAAUGAAGCUAUUUCUUCCUAUGUAAUCUUACCCAAAAAAUUAAAUUUUUGGUCAAAUAAUGCUUUCAGAACAUAUAAUCUAAUCGUCACUGUGAAUUUUCGGCAUAAUCUCAUUUUUUUUUGACAUUUUUCUAUGGCCCAACUCUUACAGGCCCAACUCCUGGCCCAAGCAGUCCAACCAAUUUUUCCCGAGUCAUCAUUCACCAACACAGUCGGCGUCCUCGUCAUCAUUUUCUUCCUCCUCGGCGUGAUCGUCGGCGUCGUCGCCGUGUGGCCCAAGCGGCCCAACUCCUUCGAGGUCCAAACAAUGAAACUGCUCCGAUACUCGCCUCCACCCUAUACUGUUUGA